AUGUUCCGCGACAGAACCAAUCUUUUCCUCUCGUACCGCCGGACCGUGCCGCGGCUAGAAGCGCCCGGCGCCCGCCGCACGGUGUCAUUGGCCGAGGAGGAGGAGAGCCUCAUGUCGGCCCGCAGAUCCAUGAAUGGGCCCCGCAAUCUAAACUCGUACCGCGACGACGCCAGCCGCCCCAACGAAAUCGAGAUGCGGCCACUUGCGCCUUCGAUCUUCGAGAUCUCCAGCCUGCUAGAUACCAAUCUCGCGGCCAUCCGGCAGAAGACCACGGAGCUCAGCCUGCUUUACAAGAAGCUCUUGAUCACACGCGACUCCGAGAAAAAGCCCCUCGAGGAUGGCAUCGACGGGCUCAACUACAACAUCACACGCAUGUUCGAGGCGUGCUACGUGCUCAUCAAGAAGUUUGAGUUCAUCCAGAAAAACCACGUGCGGCUCCGCCUCGCCUACAGCGCGGACGAGCUUUCCAUUCUCGAGAACUACAAGAAGACGUAUGCGCUCAAGAUCCAGGACUCGCUGCUUGUGUUCCGCAACUUGCAAAACAACUACAUCAAGUUCCUCAAGGACGACGACGACGACGACGACUCGCACAACCUCUUGCUGUCGUCGGCCUCCCAGCACAUCCCGCUUGAAGAAGAGGACUCGCGUGAUAUUGAAGACUACUCCCGCCAGGCGUUGCGCCAGGCGCAGCAGCAGAUACAGCAGGACCCGAACUCGCAGCUCAUGGCGUCCCGCGAGCGCGAAAUCUCCAAGUUGGCCAUGGGCAUCCUCGAGAUCUCCACCAUUUUCAAGGAGAUGGAGAAUCUUGUCGUGGACCAGGGCAGCAUGUUGGACCGCAUCGACUACAACAUCGGCCGCACGGCCGAGGACCUCCGCGCCUCCGACAAGGAGUUGGUACGUGCGCAGGGCCACCAGAAACGCACCACCAAGUGCAAGAUCAUCUUCUUGCUCUGCCUCGUGGUGCUAGCGUUGUUCAUGGUGGUGAUGAUUCGGCCCUCGCGAAAGACCACCGUGGUCGAGAAGCCUAGCCUGGGGGCCGGCACGCCUGGCCAGAGUGGCCCGCAAUCCAGGCCCACCAAACAGGCCGGGGCUCCUGCGCCAUGA